UCCUCGCAGACGGUCCUCCAAUUGUAUUUAGCUUCAAAAUGAGCAUUCUAACACGUUUAAAGUUUGAACAAGUUACGUUCGGUGUGCCGAAAUUUGGUUAUUCCCGUUCGUGUACUGGUGUUUCUUCCCAGGAAACCGAAACGGUAUGAUUCCGUUGCUCGUUUUCUUUUUUGCAGCGAUAACUUCGGGUGGAACUGUGAAAUGGGAUGCUCCAUCGCCCUAUGAUCCUGUGUGGUUGGCCAGUGUUCAAAAGUUCCCGCCAGCCCCUAUACUGAACGACACUAGACUAUGGGGCUGGGUGUACCAGCAAGAUGUGGAAUUCAGACUUUUUACUAGGAGAAAUCCCUUUGAAUAUCAAGUUCUCAAAAUAAAUGACUCAGCGUCGCUACGAGAAUCGAAUUUCGAUUUCAACAAAAAGGUGAAAGUGCUUACCCAUGGAUGGUUAAACCACGGAGACAGCCCUAUGCCUGAGUCCAUUAAAGAAGCAUAUCUAAACGUAAGCGACUUAAACAUAAUCGUAGUAGACUGGGGUAAUGCUGCAAACGUAAACUAUAUUCUAGCCAGUUAUAAUGUCGCGGGUGUGGGUAAAAUUCUGACGGACUUUCUUAAUCACCUCAUCGGAGAAGGAGUAUCAAUGAACGAUGUGCACCUUAUUGGACACAGCUUAGGUGCCCAUGUGGUAGGAAUAGCCGGGGCUUAUGUGAAGAAAGGGCCCAUUGAUACUAUCACUGGUCUGGACCCUGCAUUACCCCUAUUCACUUUGGGGAAUAAAGAUGCUCGUCUCGACAAGCAUGACGCGCGACACGUGGAAGUGAUCCACACUUGCGGCGGUUACCUCGGCUUCGCCUCACCCCUGGGACAUAUUGACUUCUAUCCUAAUGGAGGGACCAGGCAGCCGGGAUGCGGCUUCGAUUACAGAGGUCUUUGUGCACACAACCGCGCUCACAUGUUCUUCUCGGAGUCCAUUAUAUCGGACGUGCCUUUCACAGCAGUAAGAUGUGAGAAUUAUGACGAGCUGUACUACCAGGGUUCGUGUAAGGGAACCGGUGAAAAACUUAUCAUGGGUGGCUUUGAUAUACAUUACGGGAAGGAUGGGAUUUACUACCUCAGGACAAAUGCUGAGAAACCUUACGCCUUAGGGGACUUGGACCCGACAUGAAUUACAUUUAAAUAUUAACACUCGGCGUCACCAACUUCGCUUGUAAAUUAAACUUUCAAAGAAAUUAUUACGGUUUGCAUUGUGUGGAUCUGAGUACGGACCGAGUUUCCGUUGAAAUUUAAUCAUCGGUUUUACUUUAAAUUAUAAUUGUGGGAUGUUUCGGAUUUCGUGAACAUGCUUUCGUUAAGUAGAAUCAGGGUUGUUGUUAAUUUGGGUUGUCAGUUGCAUUUAUUCAAUUAAUAUUUUGUAAUCAUUUGAUACGUUAAUUAUGUAUUUCGUUUAAAAUUAGAUUAUUUCAGUCUGUUCCGUCCUAUCAUAAUUAUACCUAUAACUAGUCCUUUUACUUAAAUAUAUAAAAUAAAUGU